AGUUUUAAUUAACUAUUAGCCUUUAAGUCCCUAGCUACUCUGCAUCACCAAAUUUCUUCACAAAACAAUGUCAUCCAACAAUCUCUCUGUCAUUCUUCCUCAUGUUCUAAUCGUUUCUAGACGAACCCUUCGUAAGAACAAGUUCGUCGAUUUCGUCGGUGAAUAUCACCUUGAUCUUAUAGUAGCAAAUGGUGCGGUACCUGUGAUUGUACCACGUGUUUCAGGUAUACACAUGUUGUUAAAGAGCUUUGAACCAAUUCAUGGUGUUCUUCUAUGUGAAGGAGAAGACAUAGAUCCUUCAUGGUACGAACAAGAUAACACAACAUGUAAUCUUUCACAUGAAGAGUUAGAAGAAAUCAAAAAGCUUCAUUCAAGUGACACAAACAUUGACAAAGAAAAAGAUUCAAUUGAAUUAAUCUUAGCAAAGCUUUGUCUUGAAAGAAACAUUCCUUACUUAGGAAUUUGUAGAGGUUCACAAGUCCUUAAUGUUGCAUGUGGAGGUACCCUUUAUAGGGACGUAUCAAAAGAGCUUUCAAAAAAUAGCCAUGUGAUGCAUAUAAACUAUGAUGAUUAUGAUGGUCAUAGACAUGUUAUUAAGGUUGUUAAAAACACACCUUUGUUUGAUUGGUUUAAGGAUUCUUUGAAAAAUGAAGGAAUGGAUGAGAUUUUGGUUAAUAGCUAUCAUCAUCAAGGGGUUAAGAGAUUGGCACAACGUUUUGUUCCAAUGGCUUUUGCUAAUGAUGGUUUAAUUGAAGGGUUUUAUGACCCUUAUGCUUAUAAUCCAGAAGAGGGUAAGUUUAUUAUGGGUUUGCAAUUUCACCCUGAGCGUAUGAGAAAACCUAAUUCAGAUGAUUUUGAUUACCCUGGAUGCCCAUAUGUCUACAAGGAGUUUGUGAAGGCAGUGAUUGCUUUUCAGAAAAGGCUGAAUACUUUAACAUCAGUGCCAAAACGUAUGAAACUAAACAAGGAAAUCAAGAACAAAAGGAGGAUUAUAAUGCGUAGCUUUUCAGUUGCAAAAAAACUAUACACUACCGGUCGUGGGAAAUGUUCUUCCAAAGAGUGGGAGCUUGAAGCUGGAGCCAAAUUUCUCGAGUCAAACACGGCUUUAAAGCAAAUUGGAGCAACUGUUAGGAAUGCAGGGUCAUAUAUGAAGCAAAGUGAAAAAAUGACAAAAAAUGUAAUGGGAAAAAUGUCGGUGGAGCAAUUAUCUGACCUACUUUCUUUCUACCACACAAUGGGGCAGAUUUGUUCUCAAGUAUUAGAAAGAAAGUUACAUGAUGUUGUCAAUGACUUUAAUUAAUUAUUUGUUUUUCAUAUGUAAUGGCCUAAUGAGAGUCACAUGAAUCUUGGUGGUAUUGUAGCUGGGUGCCUAGGUGUGUUUUGAUUCCUUGUAGUACAUAUAUGUUGCAUUUAAUUUUGUAAGGAGGUUCCAUUCAAUUUUAUUAUCUUUUUUGCAAAGCAA